AUGGAUUCUCAGAACUUUUUUUCUCAAAACCAAGAAGGCUUUGUCAACCUUCUAACUAGUCAACUAGGUCAUGACACCUACUCGCCGUGUAUAGAACUAGGAUCAUCAGACAUUCCUAUGUUCAGUACACAUGGAUCUGAUGAUCCUAUUGUGAGUAAAGUUAUGAAACAGUGGACUCUGAAGGAAGAAUUGGUGCUCAUUAGUGCCUGGCUCAAUAUGAGCAAGGACCCUAUAGUGGGGAACGAACAACGAGAUGGUGCCUUCUGGAAGAGCAUCCAGGAUUACUACAAUGCAAGCCAUGAUGUCGCUGGACUUCCAAGACGAGAACAAUCUCAGUGUAAGCAGCGCUGGGGUCGUCUCAACGACCAGAUAUGCAAGUUCGUCGGUUCAUACGAGGCUGCACAGAAGGAGAGGACAAGCGGGCAAAACAACAAUGACGUAAUGAAGGCUGCGCAUGAGAUAUUCUUCAACGACUAUCUCAUCAAGUUCAGCCUCGAGCAUACCUGGAGGGAGCUCAGACAUGACCAAAAAUGGUGCACUAGCAUGAAGUCUGCUUCCAAGGAUGGUGAGAAGGCAAAGAAAAGGAAAGUUGAAGACUCGGCUCACUCCUCAAGCUCAACAACCAGAUAUGCAAGUUCGUCAGUUCAUACGAGGCUGCACAGAAGGAGAGGACAAACGGGCAAAACAACAAUGACGUAA